AUGCUGUCGCCGGUUUUUGCCAUUGCCUGCACCCGAGCUAGAUUUGGAGAAACUGCAGCAGUACCGCACUACUGCUCAUUGAACCUUCCGUUUGGAAACGACGACGACGAUGACAGCAGCAGCAGCAGCAGUAGCCGCAGCGGCGAUUCGGCGUCUGCCCAUUUGGAAGACGAAUACAACGUCUCCAGCAAUACGCGCACCAUCGGAAGGAACUUACAGAGUCUUGUUGGCAACGAGGAUGAAGAAGGAGAAGAAGAAAAAGAGGAGGAGUUGAGCUUCAGCGACGACGCGUUUGAAGAGUUUGCCGCCAGAGAACUUGCCCCUGAGGAGGUGGAAGAGUCCAUUACAUGUAUAAUGAUUGACCUUGACGACGACAGUGAUGGCGAUGACGACGAUGAAGAAGAUGUCGGUACAUGUACUGAUGAUGCAUCUGCAGCCUGUGACAUAGAAAUGUCGGUGUUCCAACCGGAUGCUGUGGAAGACUUGGAUAAAGAGGAGGAGGAGGAGGACGACGACGAAUCGGCCUCCUUCAUGAUUGAUGCUGGCAGCCGCAGCAGUCAUGGUCUCCCCAACUUUUCCUGGCACGAGAAUGCAGAACGGCGCAUGGCAAGUCUCGAGCGUGGCAAUCGACGACACUCCAUGACUUCUUAG